AAGAAUUCCUUCAGAUACAAUAGGGCCUAGGUGCUUGGGCCCUAAUGAAUUGAUCCUAUUAACAAGUAUUGCCUGUGUGUCCUUGACACACACACAUGCAUAACCCAGUUUCAGUAUUUUUUAAUCAUUAACCUAAUCUGCAUCCAGUCGCACAACAAGGAAGUGGGUUCUGAAAACAGAUCAGUAUUCAGGGUCAGAUCUUCAAGUGCAAUCCACAAUCAUCUUCCCACACACACAGUUAGUCAUAAAUAAACACCAGCACGUGCUGCCACACACACCCACACACACAAAAACGUGACUCACUGUGCUUCAGUAUGUAUAUAAAGAGUGGAGCAGCCUUCUUUAAUCACUGAUAACUGAAGAACAACACCUGACAUUUACCUGACAGGUAAGACACCUGCUGCAUUGACAUUUUCUGUCUAUCCAAGCUUUUCACUCAGCGGAGCUUAUGUUUCUGCUCUCUAUCGGUAUAUUUAUUGCCAGUUAUUUUCUCCACACAGAACAAUCUUUUGAUCUCCAUCAUCACCAUGAAGACUGUCCUGGUCAUCUCCAUUCUCCUCUGUGCUGCAUUUGCAGAAGCAGCAGUGGUGGCCCCGAAGGAAGAGAUGGCUACUGCACCAGAGAUUGAGGAGAAGAUGAUGAAAGAAGAAGUUGUGGCAGAAGAUUCUGUCCCUGCUCCCAUUAACGAAGCAGCAGUGGUGGCCCCAAAGGAAGAGAUGGCUACUGCACCAGAGAUUGAGGAGAAGAUGAUGAAAGAAGAAGUUGUGGCAGAAGAUUCUGUCCCUGCUCCCAUUAACGAAGCAGCAGUGGUGGCCCCAAAGGAAGAGAUGGCUACUGCACCAGAGAUGGAGGAGAAGAUGAUACAAGAAGAUGUUGUGGCAGAAGAUUCUGUCCCUGCUCCCAUUAACGCUCGCUUUAGCUUCUGCCCAGAUGGCUGGUUCAGCUAUGGCUCUCGCUGCUUCAAAUUCGUCAACACUCCCAUGAACUGGUACAAUGCUGAGGAGCACUGCAAUAACUUGGAUGCCCAACUCGCCUCAGCCACCAACCCCAGAGAGUACAGAUUCCUCCAGCAGAUGACAAAUACAGCCGGUCAGAGCAUCGCAUGGCUGGGAGGCUUCUACUUGCAGGGCACGUGGUUGUGGAUUGACGGUGAACGUUUGUAUUACACUAACUGGUACUCCCAGGCCUCCCCCAGCAGCUGCCCCUGCAUGUACUUGCGCAGCACCAAUGGUUGGGGUAACAGCCGCUGUUCCUCUUCUUAUCGCUUCAUUUGUUCCAAGAGUCCAUUUGACUGUUGACACAACAUCGUAAACAUCUGGAGUCCUGUGCUGGACCAGCUGCCAUUUUUUCUGUUUAAAGCCAAACCUUUAAGUUUGUUGUAUGUGUCUUAAUGAAUUACCGUUUUCCAUUGUUUAUUCUUGAAGUAACUUUUGUAUAAAAGCAUUUAUGUUUGUGAUG